AUGGCGGACAUCAGCUUAAAGUCAAAUCAAUCAAUUUUAUCCCGAGGAGCCCGUCCUGAAUCCGGCAGACUGCACAGAAAAUACCCGUAUCGUUGGCUGUUCGAUCAAGUUCAUGUUAAAGUGAAAUCAGUCGAUUUUGUGUCAGCUAAACAUUAUGUAUUUAGAGUCUGGUUUUUCACGUGGAGGUCGCUCUGCUCGCAACUGCAAUUAUCGGACUGUAUCACGCAAGCCAAAUGAGUCCCGACGGGCCUUUCGAACCGAUUUCAGUUCCCGGAUUCGACGGACUCCAUUGGUCCGGGGAAAAUCAGAGGGGCGCCCGACCGCAUCAGCUGUUCGCCAGAAAUGCUCUCAAUAUUUUCUCCUAUUUUCUCAUUUUCAGGUUACCCUUGUUUCUCAAAUUUUUCCUAUUCUCAACUUUUCAGUGUGAUAUCUGGAUUUCUGGGAAUGAGGUUAUCCGAAAUGAGUGUCGCUCGUCGCAAAUUUCCUCCUCACAUGAAUCCUGCCUCGUUGCUCAUUCCUUCAACUAUUUCUGUGGUAGGUUUAUGUACAAGUCACACGUAACAGUACUGACUUCAGUUCAUGUUCAUGUACCCUCUUUCUCUGUGGACUUUGCGCACCCUGCACUCAAUGAUAAGAAUUUUAAUCAAAGAAAAUCUCAAGUUUUCUACCGUUCUAGGUAUUCUGGCAUUUCAUGAUGUUGUCUGAACUCGAUUUGUUUCAGACUCGUGCAGACUGACUAUGCUGCCUAUAAUCAUAAUCUGGGCUAUGUACAUCUAUUUUCUGUACGGAUUCUGGCUUGGCUUGCUGUACUACCAGCGACGAGGUGAUCAGCCGUCACCAACCUCUCAGAACAGUAAGCCAUUGCAUCCGCUUGCCCCUCAGCAUUUGUUUCAGGUGCUUUCCGUCGCCCUCUUCGCAAAACUUCUCACCAAGCUUCACUGCGAUUCCAGGGAAAAGGUCUUUUCUUUUAUAUUACCGGAAAGCAUCAAUUUAGUGUUCGUUUCUCAAUUUCCAUUCUUUUUCCUUUAAGGCUGCAAUUUGCUCAGCGACCUCGGAGCCGUCCCCAACGAGCUCUCCGCCGCUUCGUCUUCUCACUGGUGAAAGCAGUCUCUUCCUGCCCCCUUCCACUUUGAUUCUUUCAGUGCCGCGCCUUCGGCUGUCAGACACAACCGCUCGAUUUCUCCGCGCAGUUUCCGUCAGCUAGAAACAGUCGACGAGGAGGCGCAGAGUCGUUCGUCAAGCGAUUGA